AUGGACGCCGGCGAAGUCCAGACCUUGGUGACUGACUGGCUGCGCGAGGCUUCCGAUGCCUUCCAGAAGGUCCCUGGGUCCGCUGUCCUGAUCCGCUACAUCCAAUCUAGCUACCAGAACGAUCCCAUCCGCUCCGGCAUCGAGUUGGUCCUCUUCAUAUUUUUCGUUCGCUAUCUUUUGUCGCCCUCCUACUCGACUCAAAAGCAGAACUUCAUCAAACUGCGCGAUGACGAAAUCGACGAGUUGGUGGACGACUGGACCCCCGAGCCUCUUGUCCCUCCCCAGUCCGCGCUCGAGGAGAUGGAGAGUGAGCGACUCCCCGUCAUCGUCGGGCCUACUGGCCCCAAGACCAAGCUGGCAAGUGGCCGCACCGUGACGAACCUCGCCUCUUAUAACUUUUACAACUUCAACGCGAACGAACAGAUCAAGGACAAGGCUAUUCAGACUCUGCGCACCUAUGGCGUCGGCCCUUGCGGCCCUCCCCAGUUCUACGGCACCCAGGACGUGCACAUGAAGACAGAGGCGGACAUCGCCGCCUAUCUCGGCACGGAAGCUUGUAUCGUCUACGCCCAAGCCUUUUCGACCAUCUCCAGCGUGAUUCCCGCUUUCUGCAAACGCGGCGAUAUCAUCGUGGCCGACCGCGCCGUGAACUACUCUAUUCGCAAGGGACUCGAGGCCUCCAGAAGUACCAUCAAGUGGUAUGCCCACGGCGACAUGGAUGACCUGGAACGUGUUAUGCAGAAAGUCGUCAAGGACCAGAGAGGCAAAAAGCUGACGCGUCGGUUCAUCGUCACCGAGGGCUUAUUCGAAACAACUGGCGACCAUGCCGAUCUCCCCAGACUGGUUGAGUUGAAGGAGAAGUACAAAUUCCGCAUUAUACUGGACGAGACCUGGUCAUUUGGCGUUCUCGGCCGCACCGGUCGUGGCCUCACUGAGGCGCAGAACGUGGACCCUUCUCAGGUGGACAUGAUCGCGGGUUCCCUCGCUGGCCCCCUGUGCGCCGGUGGUGGUUUCUGCGCCGGAGCCAAGGACGUGGUCGAGCAUCAGCGCCUUACUGCGGCGUCGUAUACCUUCUCGGCCGCUCUGCCUGCCAUGCUCGCUGUCACGGCCAGUGAGACGCUCAGCGUCUUGCAGUCCAACCCUGAUAUCCUCACGCAGUGCCGUGAGAACAUCAAGGCAAUGAGGGCACAGCUGGAUCCGCGCAGCGAUUGGGUAGUGUGCACAAGCUCCCUCGAAAACCCCAUCUUGCUUCUUGUGCUCAAGCCCGAGGUUGUCGCGGCGCGGAAGCUCACGAGGGAGGAUCAGGAGCGCCUUCUCCAAGAAUGUGUCGACGAGGCACUUGCAAACGGAGUUUUGAUCACCCGCCUCAAGAGUAUGGCCAUCGCCAACAACCUUGACCCGAAGGACGACAGCUGGAACAUCCAGCCCGCACUCAAGGUGUGCGUCACGUCGGGUCUCCCAAAGAAGGAUAUCGAAAAGGCCGGCGUUACUAUCCGGCACGCCAUUACCAAAGUAAUGGACCACUUCGAUCAAUCCCGCUUCUUUCGACCUUGCUACUUCGGCUGUCGUCUUCUGACCUACGCGGCGCACCUCAACCCAGAGCCAAAGCCCCCCAGCCUAGGAAAAGAUGAGGACUACGAGUCUCUCUUCCGCUACGCUUUUAGCCUUGCUUGGGCUAUCAGCCGCUCAUCCUCACGAGAUGCAGAGAGAGAUAUUACGCCUGGCACAAUAGUUGUCACCGAUUCGUCACUGAAAGAAGCCACGGAGGCUCCUCAAGCUGUUGUCUACGUCGAUGAGGAGGGCACUCCUCUGACCACCGUGACCGAGACGGUCAGGUUUGUUCCCGCAGCGUCAGAGUCUCUUGGUGGCGCCCCGAAACCUUCGGAUCUUGAGACUCGCUCCGGUCCCGCCUCUUCACGAGACAUCUCUUCUGCUUCGUCGGUUUCGAAGACAUCCCCUCCUCCGGCGACAUCUCAAUCCUCAUCCUCCGUUUCAUCAUCAUCAUCGGCGUCUCCUUCGGCCAGCCUCUACGGCAUCGCCUACGCACCUUACACCGCGAAAAGCGAGUGCAAGACAGCCGCGGAGAUUGAUGCUGACUUCGCUGAACUUAAGGACAAGUACUCGAUUGUUCGCACUUACGGCACCGACUGCGACCAAAUUACAAAAGUUCUUCCUGCCGCCAGGAGGGCCGGCCUGAAGCUUAUGCUCGGUCUCUUUGACAUUGGUCCGAUCCAGCAGCAGGUCCAGAUGAUUGUCACGGCUGUCGAUGGAGACUGGUCUCCGGUUGAUACCAUCAGUAUCGGCAACGAGCUCGUGAACAGCGGCCAGGCUACAGCUCAGCAGGUCAUCACGGCAAUGACACAGGCGCGACAGCUUCUCCGUGCUGCUGGCUUCGAGGGCCCCGUCGUCACGGUCGACACUUUUGUGGCUGUCUUGGCCAACCCGUCGCUGUGCGACCAGUCGGACUAUUGCGCCCUGAACAUCCACCCCUUUUUCGACGCCAACACUGCGGCCAAGGAUGCUGGAACGUUUGUGACCGGAGUGGUAGGCCAGGUUCAGUCAAGACUUUCGAAUCGGAGCAAGCGCAUUGUUUGCACCGAGACGGGCUGGCCGUGGCAAGGAGACGUCAACGGCGCCGCGGUACCCGGUAUCAACGAGCAAAAGCUGGCCGUUAACUCGAUCAAGAAGGCGUAUGUAAGCCACCCGGGCGAUGUCAUUCUCUUUUCUGCCUUCAACGACCUCUGGAAGCACUCGGAGGCUAGCACCUUUCAUGCCGAACAGUACUGGGGCAUUGGAGGUCUCUACUCGAAUUCUGGCAAAUAG